CGACAAAAUAUCUCCAGGGAACGCAAAGUUCCUUCUUCUAGAAUUACACGUAUUGCUGGCUUUGGAAGAUUGAAAUCUCCUCGUUCAGUUGCUUCAUCAAGCAAAGAUAUAUCUGGCACUGCUUCAAGAGAGAAUCCUUUCUUUACCGAGGCCAAUCUUGAGAGAAUCGUCGAUACCCUAUGUCGAAUGCGUGGGGCUGCGUUAAAAGUUGGACAAAUGCUCAGUAUUCAAGAUAAUUCUCUUAUCAAUUCUGAGGUGCAAAGGAUAUUCGAACGGGUACGCCAAUCUGCCGAUUUCAUGCCCGCUCAACAAAUGUUAUCUGUUCUUGAAAACGAAUUAGGAGAAAACUGGCGCGCUAAGUUGAAGACCUUCGAAGAAAAGCCGUUUGCUGCCGCCAGCAUUGGUCAGGUCCACAAGGGUCUUCUUUUUGAUGGAAGACCUUAUGCGAUGAAGAUUCAGUAUCCUGGUGUAGCUGAAAGCAUUGACUCUGAUAUAAACAACUUGAUGGUACUUCUUUCUCGGUUUAAUCUUUUACCAAGAGGCCUUUUUGCUGAACAUACUGUUGACGUGGCUCGUCGUGAAUUAGCCUGGGAAUGUGAUUACCUUCGUGAAGCCGAGUAUAAUCGUCUUUUUGGUCGCUUGUUGGCUGACGAUCCGGUAUAUUAUGUGCCGAAGAUAAUCGAUGAGCUUACUACUCAACGAGUUCUCACCACUGAGUUCGCUGAAGGCACUCCGCUUGAUGGAUGUCGGCAACUAAGCCGGGAGGAUCGUGAUUGGGUAUUUAUAUUCCUGUACUCUAAGUUUAAUUUUUACACUGAAUUUAGUUUGAACGCCUUCUUAUCUGCUAAUUUACUAAGAGCCAAUUUCGCGCCAUAA